AUGCCUGAGAGACGAGCUUCUCACCCCAAAGCACCGACUGGUCUCAAUGAUGAGACAGCCGAAGAGGUGCACGACAUAAUUCACAACGCUGAAUUGGAGGAACAAAAGAUGCAUGGCAAGGAUGCGCUGACACAGGAGGACGUUGGUGUUGACGAGGACAACCAACAAAAAGAUCAGUCGGCAAUGGGCAAGGUCAAGGAAACAUUGAACCUAGGAAAAUAA